ACAAAAAUACUUGCUCACGAAUAUGGCACUCCGAUAUGCGACUUGAAAUGAACACUACCAGUUCCUAAGAGCACUGGAGAAAAAACCAACAAAAGAUAACUAAUCAACAAGGCCUUGUGGCUAAAGUUACAGAGUAAAGGCCAAGCCAUUGCUGUAACAGUUUGACUUGGUAUUCUUCUGAAUUUUGUUCUUCCCAAAAUCCAGCGAUGUCAUCUAUCUCGCUGUCGGGAAUCUCCCUCCGCCGCUCCUCCGCUGCUUUCCACCACCAGCUCCCUUGCCUUCUUUUAUCUCAUCCAUCCCAAAAUGUUGCUACUUUCACUAAAUGUUUCCUCUCCCUCCGCCUUUGGAAUUCGCGCAACCAUUUCUCCGUUACCGCCACCAACACUUUGACCGCCAAUUCUGCAGAGCCAAGAAAUGGUAUAUAUACAGUAGGUGAUUUCAUGACAAGAAAAGAGGAUCUACAUGUGGUAAAACCAUCAACAUCUGUAGAUGAAGCGUUGGAAAUUUUGGUAGAACGCCGGAUCACUGGUUUCCCUGUGGUUGAUGAUGACUGGAAAUUGGUUGGUCUUGUUUCUGAUUAUGAUCUAUUGGCUCUGGAUUCUGUAUCAGGUACAGGAGGAGCUGAUGCAAACAUGUUCCCAGAAGUGGGCAGCAACUGGAAAACAUUCAAUGAGGUUCAAAAGUUGAUUAGUAAGACCAAGGGGAAAGUGGUUGGUGAUUUGAUGACACAUGCUCCAUUAGUAGUUCGGGAGUCUACCAAUCUUGAGGAUGCAGCAAGACUUCUGCUGAAAACAAAGUACCGCCGGCUUCCUGUUGUAGAUAGUGAUGCAAAGCUGGUGGGAAUAAUAACCAGGGGAAAUGUCGUGAGAGCUGCCCUUCAUAUAAAACGGGUCAUGGAAAUGGAAGGCCAACAGUGAUCAAUUGAAUUCAGCAGGAAACAUGCAUAGAUGCAGUUCAGUUCAAGAAACAGAGAAUUAUAUGUUCUCCUUUUCCCUUAGAGGAGGGGUGACAUAAGGCAGUGUAACUUACAUUUGCAGGAUUUGCCAACCGGUCGAACCUAGGAUAUUUAUGUAAAAGUUUAGAAGAUGAAAAUGGACCUUCUUCAAUAUGCAAGAUAUACAGAGUUUAAUUUAUAGAUAAUACAAUUCCACAGCUCCAUGAAAAGUAUGUGCAAGUCAAAACUCCUCACAGGUAUGAGCCACAGAAGAACAUAUCAUUUGUUAUUGGAAGGAAUUUUAUUUUAGGUGGACACUGAAGCUCCUUUGAGGUACGGAGCUAACACUUCUUGAUUGGAUAAAAUGUUUUGAUUGCAUUUUCAUUUUUGGGGAAGUUGGACAUUUGGCCGCUCUGCCAAAGAAUAUUUACAGCCGAGCCAAUAUACAUACGUAAUACACAUUAUGAAUCUUCCGGCUAUUUUUUGGAAGCUCAGCUUUAUAAAUAAAUAUCCCUUCAUUUAUUA